GUCAUAUCGCUCUGCCUGGCCAUCUACCGCAAGGACGGCAUCAUCGUCUCCACGGAGAGGGGUCUUACGUUCUUGCUGGUGGCGGAGGUCAUCCACUUCGCGGCCCACAGCCUGGUUUGCGGAGUUGUGCAGCACGUUGCGUCUGGCUGCCCCUCCAGCGACGGCGAGGUGGACGAGCGCGCCGUCCGCGCGGAGCCGCUGGCGGAGGCGCGCCGGUGCUCGAGGCCCCUCGUCUGUUGCGCCGUGUCUCCCAAGAAGCACCAGAGCGGCCUGCAGCGCCUCACGCCGCAGAGCCUGAGCUCCCCCUUCAACUGGCCGCAGCCCAGCAGCCCGCCAGCGGCCGUCAGCCCGCACUUCCCGCGGUCGCCGGGCAAUUUCAACAAGGC